AUGUAUAAUGUGAUACAUAUUGACGAAAAAUGGUUCUACAUUAGUAAAAAAGCUGAAAAGUACUAUCUUUUGCCUGAAGAAUGUGAUCUGGAACGCAGUUGUAAGAGUAAAAAAUUCUUCACAAAAGUUAUGUUCUUAAUUGCUAUAGCACGUCCAAGAUUCGAUUCAGAUGGCAAUGAAGUAUUUUCUGGAAAUAUCGGAAUUUUCCCAUUUGUUACGGACGAACCUGCCAAAAGAAGUAGCGUGAAUAGGCGGGCGGGAACUCUCGAAACCAGUCCAAUAACUUCUGUUGGCAGAGAUAUGCGCAGAAUUUCUCUAUUUUCCAAAGUACUCCCUGCUAUUAUGUUGAAGUGGCCACUCAAUGAUAUGAAUAAACUUAUUUAUAUUCAACAAGAUAAUGCUAAAGUACAUAUUCAUCCAAAUGAUGAGAAAUUUCGUUUGGCUGUCUCACAGUCUAGUUUAAACAUACAAUUGUUUUGUCAACCUCCCAACUCGUCAGAUUUAAAUGUUUUAGACCUUGGAUUUUUUAGUGCAAUUCAAACUCUGUAA